AUGAACUGGUUCAAACAGACAUUGGCCAAUGUUGCGGGGACGCAGGAACCCAUAUAUGGCCCGGAGGCCAUCCAGUCAGUGACGGUGCAGGCGAAGUCGCUGGGUACCCCAUACCGGGAGUUAACGAAGGACGAUUUGCGAUGGAGGGCGAUGCAGUCUACCUGCGUCGAGACCCAGACCUUCUAUCUCUUCUCCGACAGUGGGGAGCUAGCUAUGCUUCAGGUUAUCUAUAGCAAUGUCGCUGGAAUCCACACGACCUGCCAUUUCAACUCCAAGAUUUACGGCACGGACGGUAAGACACCGCAUAAAUGGUGCACCGACUCUGUUCAAAACUACAUGUUCGAUGAAGACAUGCUCUCCUUCGGCGGAGACAACAUUGCUCUCACGCUCAAUGCUGAAGGCGAUACCUACUCCGUCAAGUCAGCCAUGAACGAGGAAAGCCUCGUCAACGUCACUUUGAAACGCACCGCGCCCGGUUUUGCGGUUGGACGAAAUGGCACCUCGAACUUUGGUACCGACCCCGAAAAUCCGUGGGGGAGCAUGCGUCAUGUGUUUUGGCCACGAUGCCAGGUUGAGGGUACCAUUGUUACGCCUGAGAGGGAAAUUGACUUCAAAGGCCGUGGGCUGUUCAUUCAUGCCCUCCAGGGCAUGAAGCCUCAUCACCUUGCUGCACGGUGGAAUUUUGGAGCGUUCCAAUCUCCAACGUACUCUGCAGUGUUCAUGGAGUACACCACCCCUCCUUCAUACGGCUCCACCAUUGUGAGUGUUGGUGGCAUUGCGAAGGACGGCGAGCUCGUUGUUGCGGGUCCAGUGAAUCCCGCGAUCCAUCUCGAUUCUGUAGAAGAUACCUACAACGACUGGCCGGAACCCAAGUCGAUUAAGUUCACCUGGGAUGGGAAAUCGAAGGACGAUAAAGAUGUCGAAGCAGUUUUGGAAGGUUCUCUGGGCCAACGCCUUGAUCGCGUUGAUGUUAUGGCAGAGGUUCCAGGGCUUAUAAAAUCUAUCGUCGGAAGCGUUGCGGGAACAAGACCAUACAUUUACCAGUUUUCGCCUCAAGACAAGCUCUCCCUAAAGAUUCGCGUUGGGGACACCGAGGAUACAGAGCGAGGCACGCUCUAUUCGGAGGCAACUUUCAUUUCUUAG